CCGCGCCGGCGCCCCCAGGCGGUGUCUGCCCUCAUCAAAGAUGGCGGUGGGCAGCGCCGCUGGUCACUAGGCUCCCGCCGCUCGCUCCUCGCCGGGCUUCGCUGCCGACAUGGCGGCGGCCGAGCUGGAGUACGAGUCCGUUCUCUGCGUGAAGCCCGAUGUCAACGUCUACCGCAUCCCGCCGCGCACCUCCAACCGCGGGUACAGGGCAUCUGACUGGAAACUGGACCAUCCAGACUGGACAGGGCGGCUUCGUGUCACCUCCAAAGGCAAAACUGCUUACAUAAAACUGGAGGAUAAGGUUUCAGGAGAACUUUUUGCCCAGGCUCCUAUAGAUCAGUACCCUGGCAUUGCAGUGGAGACUGUGGCAGAUUCCAGCCGCUACUUUGUCAUUCGAAUUCAGGAUGGGACUGGACGAAGUGCUUUUAUAGGCAUUGGCUUCACAGAUCGGGGUGAUGCCUUUGACUUCAACGUCUCUUUGCAGGAUCACUUCAAGUGGGUGAAGCAGGAGACUGAAAUCUCCAAGGAGUCCCAGGAAGCUGACACACGUCCCAAAUUAGACUUAGGGUUUAAGGAAGGGCAGACCAUCAAGCUAAACAUUGGGAACAUGACAUCAAAGAAAGGAGGAGCAGCCAAGCCCCGUGUGUCUGGAUCAGGGGGCCUAAGCCUGCUGCCACCCCCACCAGGAGGAAAAAUUGCAGUCCCUCCUAUACCUCCCCCUUCCUCCACAGCCAUUGCCAACCAUGUCACACCACCACCUGUGCAGAAAUCCAGUAAUGCAAGCAGUGCAGAUAUUCUUUUAGAUUUAGAUGCUCCUGCAGCUGCAUCCAAGGCACCAGUAUCAGCUACCACAGACCUCUGGGGAGACUUCAGCACUGCAUCCAGUGCUGUUCCCAAUCAGGCUCCUCAGCAGUCCAACUGGGUCCAGUUCUGAAUGAUCAAAGCAGUGGAAUGGGACAAAUUGAUGACCUAGAGGCACCAAAUGGGAUCAGAGGGGGCACAAACCUCUCUAGUCUUCAAUCAAAUUGGGACAAUCCUUCAUUUUUAGAUCAGACCUUCACUUAAACUUACUAUUUUUGAUCCCACUGAACCUAAAGAGAACAUAGUGACUCCUCCCAACAUGGGCAAGGAGAAAAGAGGUAGCCUUAUCACCUCCAUCCACUUGGCCAUUACAUGGUACAUCCCAGCUCUUUUUCCCUGUCUUUCCAUACAAGGAAAGCAAGAAUCUUGAAGAAAGUGGGUACAGGAGGAGGCUGGAUAGGUGCCUCUGGGUUCCUUGUCCUUCAGAUUUUCUCUGGCUAGGCUGUUGCUUUUUGUGGCUGCUUUCAGUAGUGACUGCAGCCCCUACAGCUUGCGGUGCUGAGAACAGCUGCAUUUGGCUGCACUUGCUAAAUGGAACCUCUAAGGAGAUAGAUCUUUUCUCAACACAAAACCCUCUUGGAUUAAUGACAUCUGUGGUGAGGAGUGACUCCCCAUGCACACACCACUCUUAUGUCUUCGGUGCAAUUCUUGGUAGUGCUGCAUGUCCUUGUGCUCCCGUGGGAGGAGUCAUGCAAGUCCUUGAGUAGGGCUGCUGCUGUUGCACUGUAGUUCCAGGUGGGCACCCUAUCUCCAGGCUCCUGAUUUGGAUUGGAGCCUGGAACCUCCAGGUUCACUGGAGGAACUUCCUCUCAUUUUAACUCCUUUCUCCCCAGGCAAAGGCCUCACUGUCAUUGAGCUGUUUUAACUGGAAAUAGCUUUUAGGGGAAAAAAAAGCCUGUUUUUACAAUUUGGUAGUUACUUGCACUAGAUGACAACCAGGUGAUUCCCACCACUCAGCAUUUCAUGUUCCUGCAUCACUAUCCUGAGCCCUGGCCUUGUGUUGUGACUUGGCGCUGUGUUACAAGUAUUGCAUAUCUACAAUAAGAAUUAUGGUGGGACAAUAGAUUAUUCUCUGAUGAAGGGACAGUUUCCUUCCCCUUUUUAACUCAUU